AUGCCUCCCGGUCGACCUCCCAAGCGCCUCAGCGAUGCUGAGGAGAGCUUGUCCGAGGGCACUUCGGCUCUCCAAAAAGUCAAGCUGCCUCGGCUUGAGCGUGGGCCCGAGGACUUCUCCAGCGUCGUCAAGAGCAAACUUUCAACGUACACACGGACGGGCCAAGCAUGCGACCGAUGCAAGGUUCGAAAGAUCCGAUGCGAUGCGCUACCCGAAGGCUGCUCCCACUGCAUAAGCCAGAGCCUCGAAUGCUAUGUCACUGAUCGAGUCACGGGCCACACCCAGCGCCGGGGCUAUAUGCAACAGCUAGAGCGCGAGAAGAGCGACAUGCUGACGCACAUCCGCGACCUGGAGAAGUUGCUGGAUACAAAUGGGAUCGAGGUGCGCCCGUGGCAGUGGUCUCCAUUCGGUACAGCAUACGGCCCCGGCGUCACAUACGACAGCCUUGGAAACCCGGUUCAAGACCCGACAUGCAAAGACCAGUGGACGCAGAUGGGAUCCGUCUGGUUCAAGGACGGCCAGAGGAAGAAGACCCAGAAAGACCCGAGCCACAGCUCGAGAUAUUUGCUGCUAGAAAACCGCCCAACCAAGAGCUACCUUGGCGUCACAUCAGAUAAUGCACCUCUGAGCUCCAUCAAGGGAACGACCCUGUCCGUCCUGGGCACGACCAUCGACAUCAUGUCCUUCGACGCGCCGGACAUGGACGAACCUCCGCCCGGCACUCCGAUCGGCUCUCCGCUGUACAAUAAGUCUGUCAUGGCCUUCCUGCAAUCCACACUAAACGUCAACCCUCCUCCCGAAAACGUCGAGCUCCCUUCACGACAAGAUGCCUUCACCUACUCGGAAUGGUACUUCCUAAUGGUGCAUCCCUUCGUACCGAUACUACACAAACCAACAUUCUUGAACCUCUUAACCCAAAUCUAUGCUGAUCCCCCCGGAAAGCCGACCAUCCCCGAGAUGGUCAUGGUUCACAUGGUCUUCGCGACCAUCUACUUCCAGUACGGGAUCCGAAAUCGAGAAGAACCCGAGAAGCAGACCCAGUUAAACGAUCUGUCGAACAAACAUUAUCAUUGGUGUCUGAGCAAGUUCUUUGAUAUCGUCACAUCUCAGACAGUGUCGGCUGUGCAGGCUCUGACCAUGAUCGCCGUCCACACUCGGAGUUUCCCCAAGCCUGGCUGUUCUUCUAUGGUCGCCAACCACGCUCUCACCAAAGCUAUCGAACUCAAUCUACACCGGGCCGUCCAGAUUCCCGGCGGAGGAACGAACAUAGACAACGAGGUCCGCAAGAGAGUCUGGUGGAGUGCGCUUGGCCUGGUUGUGACCCUCAAUGGCCGUCUUGGCAGACCAAUGCCCAUCACGUUAGAGGAGUUCGACGUCGAGUUCCCCUUGGUAAUCCCAGACGAGUAUCUCUCCGAGGAGGGCGUCAUCGACUCGUCCAAGAUCGGUCAGAGCAGUACCAUGGUCGGUAUGGUGGGCUUCAGGGUCGUCCCCCUCUACCUGGAGUUGUAUUCGAACAUCUACAGCGUCCGGCGCGAUCCGAGGAAGUACGUCAAGGUCGUCCGCAGGCUUGAGGAAGGCAUACGGUCGGUCCAGGACAACUUGCCGGACGAGUUGAAGAUCGAAAAGUGUAAACAGGGGAGUCAGGUGUUUGCGCUAUACACGCAGGCCUUCUGUCUGGAAUUCUGGCUCUGCCUGAGACACCCGUCCGUCUGCAUCACGGAUGAUCCCAAGUUCUGUGCAGAGAACACAAGAGUCUGUGAGGAGACCGCCAGGAAGCUGCUCAAGGUGGUGGGCGAGCUACUCAGAGUCAAAUCUCUCGACACGACGUGGUACCAAUUAUCGGUCUAUAUUGCCGCGAUAUUCACGACCUUGGCAGCACAUUGGGAAAGGAGAUACGAGACGACACCAUAUGAAAUUGCCACGCUGAGGGAGGAGAUGAGGACGUGGAUGAGCAUCGUGUACGAGAUUGGUCGUCUCCUCGGUAGGCUACUUUUCCCCUUUCCCCUUUUGCCAUUGCCGCGAUAUAUGCAUGCUCAUACUAACAACUUGUCAGGUACCGGUGCUCGGCUAAGUAACGAGGUCAGCGCCGUCAUUGACCGGACUAUUGCCUGGAUCGAGCAGGACAUGGUCCGCAAGGAUAGUAACACGCCCAACCAACAUGCAGCGCCGUACAUGCGGCAGCAACCCCAAUCCCCAUUCCAACAAACCAGCCACAUAAAAUCCCAGCCCAACGAUGCUGUUUUAGCUAACGGCAACGGCAACGGUACAUCCAACGAACAGCGAAACAGCAACGACAACAGCAACAGCGCGUACUACGACUCCAGGCUGACGGCACCGACCGCUGCGGCAGCCUACCCGUCCUCCCUCUCAUACGCCGACCAAUCCACUCCCGCCGGCCACGGACAGAGCAGUAGCGGGCUCGCAGGGCCUGGCUCGUACGACCAUGCCGACAGCGCAUCGUACCUCUACGCGGCCUCGGCGGCAGCGGUCGACCAGACCGCCGCGGUCACGGCAGCGCAGAACCCGUCGAUAUCGUUCGCCUCCGAGGUGUCCCAGGCGACGGCGGGGGUCUCAUCCAGCGGCCAGGCCGGCUCCGGCAACUGGAGGACGCAGCAGCAGCAGCAGCCCCAGCAGCAGCCGGGCAACAACCCGUGGCACGACUGGACGGCCGCCAUCGCGGACAGCCAGACGGAUCGGUACAGCGCCAACGCGCUGCUCAACCUCGGUGCCGGGCGGGCCGGCGACGUGGGCGGCAUCGGCGGGGCGGUGAAUAUGGGCGACGGCUCGGAUAUGAGCAUGGGCGGCGUGGGGGUUGGUAUUCCCGGUGCUUCGGUGCCUCAGACUGGCCAGUGGCCGUUGCUGUUGUUCAAUGAUGGACCGCCGGCGGCGAGUGGUCCUUGA